AUGCUUCCUGCAGAGGUACUCCUACCCCAUCUGUAUCCCUCAGCAGUUCUCAUGCUGAAUCUGCUGCUGCCCCCAACAUCAGCCUUCUUCCCCAACUUCUGGAGCCUCCUGGCUGCCCCAGGCUCCAUCACCCAUCAGGACCUAACAGAGGAGGCGGUGCUCAAUGUCACUUUGCAGCUCUUCCUAGAGCACCCCCCCGCAGGCCGGCCACCCCUUCGUCUGGAGGACUUUGUGGGCCGCACCCUUCUUGCGGACAACCUCUUUGCUGCCUACUUUGGCUCUGGAUCUCUUUCUCGGCGGUUUCGAGCAGCCUUAGGCGAAGUGUCUCGUGCCAACGCAGCCCAGGACUUCUUGCCAACUUCCAAGAAUGACCCUGACCUGCACUUUGACGCUGAACGGCUGAUCCAGGGGCGCACACGCCUGGUGACAGCUCUAAGGGAGACCCUGGUAGCUGCCAGAGCCCUUGACCACACUCUGUCCCGCCAGCGCCUUGGGGCUGCCCUUCAUGCCUUGCAGGAUUUCUACAGCCACAGCAACUGGGUAGAACUGGGGAAGGAAGAGCCACACCCUCACCUUCUGUGGCCAAGGCAGGAGCUCUGGAACCUGGCACAAGCAAGUGAUCCUACCUGUUCUGAUUGUGAACAAUUGAGCUGCCUUGGGAAUUUGCUGGAUUUACAGCUCCUCACCUCUGGCUACUUUGGAAUACAUCCUCCCAAACCUCCAGGGAAAUGUAGCCACGGGGGCCAUUUUGACCGGAGCAGCUCCCAGCCACCACGGGGAGGCAUCAACAAGGAUAGCACAUCCCCAGGCUUCUCCCCCCACCAUGAGCUACACCUCCAGGCUGCAAGACUGGCCCUUCUAGCCUCUAUCCAGGUCUUCAGCCUCCUGCGAAGCCGCCUGGGAGACAGGGGUUUCUCCAGGUUACUAGAUAUCACCCCAGCCUCCAGCCUGAGCUUUGUCUUGGACACCACGGGCAGUAUGGGUGAGGAGAUCAAUGCUGCUAAAAUCCAAGCUCGAAACAUUGUGGAGCAGCGGCGAGGCAGUCCCAUGGAACCUGUCCACUAUGUCCUAGUGCCUUUCCACGACCCAGGCUUUGGCCCUGUCUUUACAACCAGUGACCCAGAUAGCUUCUGGCAACAACUCAAUGAGAUUCACGCAUUGGGAGGUGGAGAUGAGCCUGAGAUGUGCCUGUCAGCUGUGGAGCUAGCACUGUUGCACACACCUCCACUCUCAGACAUCUUUGUCUUCACUGACGCUUCCCCCAAGGAUGCCCUUCUCACCAACCGGGUGGAAUCUCUGACUCAGGAGCGACGCUGCAGAGUGACGUUCCUAGUGACUGAAGACCCAUCAAGGGUUCAGAUUCGGGCCCGACGUGAGGUCUUGUCCCCUCUGCGUUUUGAGCCAUAUGAGGCGGUGGCCCUAGCCUCCGGAGGAGAAGUGAUCUUCACCAAAGACCAGUACAUUCAGGAUGUUGCAGCCAUAGUUGGGGAAAGCAUGGUUGACCUGGUCACCCUUCCCCUGGAACCACCAAUCGUGGUGCCUGGAAGACUGCUUACAUUCACUGUGGAUGAGCUGCUGCAGAGGAUUACAGUCCGGCUCCACGGGAAGAUCAGCAGUUUCUGGAUCAGGAAUUCUGCAGGGAUCUCCCAGGGCCAGGAGGAAGGUGAGGGUCCUCUAGGUCACACUCAACGCUUUGGACAGUUCUGGAUGGUGACUAUGAAUGAUCCCCCACAGACUGGGACCUGGGAGAUCCAGGUCACAUCUGAGGGCACGCCCCGGGUGAGAGUGCAAGCCCAGACCUCCCUGGACUUCCUCUUCCACUUUGGGAUCCCAGUGGAGGAUGGGCCCCACCCUGGCCUCUAUCCUCUGACUCAGCCAGUUGCAGGUCUCCAGACCCAGCUGCUGGUAGAGGUGACAGGGCCUGGCUCCAGAGACAACGCUGAGGAUCAUGGGCCAUAUUUCUCUCAUGUUAUCCUUCGAAGGGUCCCGGAGGGCACUGAGGUGGGUCGGGUGCCCUUGGAACCCACAGGUCUUCAGAAGCGAGGUCGCCUAGCGGCUUCACUGCCGCCUACACUGCUGUCCAAGCCUGGUUCGUUCUCUCUGGAAUUGAUCGGCCAGGACAGAGCGGGGCGCGGCUUGCAAAGGGCAGCCCUCCAACCCUGUACAGUGGUCCCUGUGCUUCUAGAGCUCAGCGGCCCUCCUGGUUUCCUGGCCCCCGGCAGCAAGGUCCCACUCAGCCUCCAUAUCGCCAAUUUCUUGGGCCCUCAGGAUCUCGACCUUAGGACUUCAGUCAAUCCCAACUUCGCCCUAACCUCUAACAUCUCCAGGGUUCAUCUGGGGCAGAAUGAGUCCACCUGGGGGCGCCUGUGGCUGGAGGUUCCAGACUCAGCCUCCCCUGACUCCUUGGUGAUGGUGACUGUGACUGCGGUGGGUCGUGAAGCCAGCUCAGUGCCCACGACUCAUGCCUUCCUCCGGCUCCUAGUGCUGGCGCCUGCCCCGUCCCCGCAGGACCAGCUCGCUGCCUCCACAGACUCAACUUGCCCUGGCCUCACCCCUGCCAGCCCUGACUUUCACCUGUCCACUUCUGUGACUCCUGGCAGGGCUGGAAGAGGGAUGGCCAGCAGCCUCUGGUGGGGCACAGUGGGAGGGUUGCUGCUGCUGCUGCUUGGCCUGACCUCCUGGUAG